AUGGACAAGCCUAAACUAGCCAUCUUGUUGGCAUUAAAGGUAAUUACAGGCGACCUUGACCUACAAAAACUAGUUCAAGUUGUACGGUUCAAGUUUUCCCAAGAAACAAUGGCGACAACCUUGACUGUUAUUAUAAUUGCUCGUUUCAGAUAUUACUGUGUCGGGCGUUCAACAACUUGGACAACUCGGUCAUUGGUACGUUAUCUUUUUGAAUUUUCUUUUGUGUGGUGCUAUUGGUAAAGGAAUACAAGAUUUUAUUUAUACAUUAAACUUUUUUUAGAUUAUCGACCAGUCGAUAGAAAAACUAUUAAGAACUAGAUUUCUAGGGUUAUAUUAUACUGACUUUUUGAACUAAAUAGCCAAUAUUUCGAACCAAUUUGAUUUGUUUUCAAGACAAACUGACCCUUUUUGAACAAACACCAAAACCUCAAAUGUUUUUUGCAAUAAAAACCUCGAAAUAUUCAAAUUCGUACUAUUUGCACAGUCACAGUCGUAUGUUUAGGGUCGCCGGUGGUACGCUGUGAGAGGGAUUACGUUCACUUCUCCGUUCCCACCAAAAAGCCAUUCAAUGGCAGAGUUUAUGUGAAGGGCGAGAAUCAGAAUCCGCACUGUGUCAAACUCUAUGGAGCGGAAGGCGACUAUUACAGUCAACAACAACAACAUGGUGAUGAGAGACAACAACAUGGUGAAGAUGAUCAACAAUAUGGUGAUGAAAAGCGAAGACACGGUGAUGACAGCCGACAACACGGUGAGGACAGACGAGACAAUGGUGGUGACAACAGGUCAUCGUUGAGAAAUGACUACAGUGAGAAGUCAGGAGGGCUACCUGAGUUGGAGGAGAGUCAAUGGAACCACUUUCUGAAGGGAAAGCCGGCUCUCGAUCAGCCUCAAAGAGGUGCCCUGAGGGGAUCUUCAGAUUGUCCUUUAGUUUGUCCACCUCCAGUGGAAUGUUCGAGAAAAAGAAGAGAUGUAUCGUACAGGGCAGAGCUAGAUGUUGAGUUAGAUACGUGCAACACUAUUAGGGAGAGAAUUGUAAGUUUAUAAUGUGUCAUAUUGAAUUUAGUUCAUUAAGCAAAUAAAUAAAUAAACAUUGUUUUAGGUUAUCUAAUCAUAUUGUUUUAGAUUAUCUAAAAAUUUUAAACAUAUACUUUAGGUGAACCCACCUGGAGUCCAUGUAUCUUUUGUCGUGGUAGUCAGUUUUCAUACCAGCUUUGUCACCAAAAUUGACCGUGCUUACCGAGUACAAUGUGCUUAUGAAGAAACCGACAAAACGGUUACUACAAAGUUAGAUGUUAGGUAUGUUUAUAUCAUUGUACAUGCGUUAACUAUUGUAUACUAACAUACGACAAUAAUAAGGUCUUAUACUGUUUUCCUAUUAUUCUUUUAUGAAACAACACCACCUUUAAAUAUACAGUUACAGUAUAUAAGCUAUUCUAACACAAGUUUAAACCAAAAGUUACAGUAUGCAUUUUAAAACGCAACUUACAGUAUGCCACAGACAGUCGAGCUAAGCAACGAAAUGACUACUCCCCGAUGUGAGUACGUGAUGAAGGGUCGUAAUGGCAACACUGGCAACUCAGUCCAAGUUGGAGACGUACUAGACCAUGAGUGGUCCUGUUCAUCGUCUUCUGGAGCCGUUUCUUCCGAAGACAUGGGCAAGAUGUUUGGAAUGUUGGUACACGACUGUUAUAUUGAGGAUGGUCAAGGUCAGAAGGCGUUGGUAGUGGAUUCCCACGGAUGUUCCGUUGAUAAUUACAUUCUACCUACACCAAGGUACGACGACAGCAAGUUGGCUGCCAAAGUUUCAGCUAUGGUGGUCAAGUUUCCGGACAAAGAGUUGAUGACAAUUCAGUGCUCGAUCAGUGUUUGUAUGAAGGAGUUUGGCAUGUGCGACAGUCUUACUGUAAGUAAUGAAUACCAAUUUUUUCGAUUACUGUAAGGAAUAUUUUUAGUAUUAGGGUGUUCAAUUAAUUCAGAGCCCCCCCCAAUACCACAAGUGUGCUUUGAAAAGGGGCACAGAAUUAUUUGAAAAACCUAACAAAAAUUAAGAAUUUAUAAAAGUAACUUGAAUACUGUAACAUUAUUUAAAUUUAGCCUCCAAAGUGUGGUGGAGAACUUCGAAACAAGACCAAACGUCACAUUGGACUAGAUGAAGGAUGGGUUUUAAGCAGUCCACAGCUGACCGUUCUGGAUCCUGACAACAGUAUCAAAAGUUCAGAAGGUAAGACGUUUAUUUGAUGUUUAAAAUCGUGUUAUAAACAUCAAAAAAGGUAUAUAACAUGCUCUAAUUUAACAGAAAAUCCACUUUUUAGCUUUUUUGAACGAUCAUUGGACCUAAAGUUGAAAUAAUUUGUCUUAUUUUCAAAGUUAAACCCUUAGCGACUUCUUGAUCACUUUUACAAUAUCUAUGCUAUUUCAGAGUUCUCGUCGUAUCUUCAAACGCGAGAAACAGCCCUACCUCACACUUUCGACUACAACGAGUUCUGUUUGUCCAUAAAAGGAUUUGGGUUUCUGAUAGCUUCACUUACUUUCAUUGUUACGAUAACUCUUGCCAUUCUGUUAUCACUCGUCUUUAUGAGUUCACACUCGAAAUAUUAA